AUGCUGGCGCUGUCAGGUUUUUCUGCCGGUUUAAUCGCAAGAGGUGUCUCAAAGGAAAUUCUUGAAGAUUCUCAAGGACCCAUGAAUCAAUUUCACAAGGAAAACACCUCAUCUAGUGAUGUAGUUGAAAUUAACUGUAAUUUCUCGGGUACAACUGUCAAUGAAAAAACAUGGCAAAUUCAAUUUUCAAUCUAUGCUCGUGUUCCAUGGGAAUAUAGAGAUACACCACGGCAUUAUGGCGGUCGAAUGGAAUGGACAUAUGUUGAUGGAAAUACGAGAAAAUGUUCGGUAGCACAGGUAUGGGUUGAAGAGAAGGUGAGCUGGGGUUUGCCGACUGAAAGACAGUAUGAACCAGAAGAAUAUUCAAGUGGAAAUAAGGAAAAAAUAUUUGAUGAUGGAGGUAGAGCUGAAUGGAAGUGUACAUCAACGAGACACCCACACUAG